UGAUGUAAGCGAAUCGUGCCGUCAAAAAUAUCAACGCUAAUUGGUGCACUUUUACUGGCUUUAUAGGGCAGUGAAGAAAGCACACGAGUGAGACAUCGUACUAUGUCCGCCUCUCUCUGCUCAUGUGACGCCCAUUUCUGGUCACGUGACGAUGACGCGCCUCCUCCCAGCCAGUCCGACGCGGGAAGCUAAGCUAAGCUAAGCUAAGCUAGCCGCUAAGGAAGCUACUUCCGCCAGUGAGUCGGAGCUGGCGAGUGAACGCGGUGCCUCGAUGCGUCUCUUGCGGGGAGGAUGGCUGCCACACACACGGAGGAUGCUGAGGCUGUUCGGUGCCCUGGUUGUCAUCGGGCUGGUCAUGGCGUGCAUCGCCUCCUGGGUGCUGGACAGCUAUGACACGGCUUGGCAUCCCAAACGGAGCGUUCGGCAGCCAGCCGGCCGGGAUGGAGAUGACAGCAAGGGCAGCUCGCCACCAUUUCCAGGGGGGAAGCCGGACAAUAUCUUCUGGUUUGUGCAGGUGUCCGACAUCCACAUCAGCCGCUUCCGCGACCCGAGACGCAUCCCCGACUUUGAAAAGUUCUGCACCGACACCAUGGAGUUGAUAAAGCCCUCGCUCGUGCUUGUGACAGGGGAUCUGACAGACGCCAAGACGGAGAGCAAAGUGGGCUCGCUGCAGCACGAGGUGGAGUGGCAGGCCUACCACAACAUCCUCAAGAGGUCGCGCGUGAUGGAGCGCACGAGGUGGAUCGACAUCCGCGGCAAUCACGACGCCUUCAACAUAAUGUCACUGGACAGCGUCAACAACUAUUACCGAAAGUACUCGGCCAAUCAGAAGGUGGGCUCCUUCCAUUACGUCCACACGACUCCCUUCGGAAACUACUCCUUUGUGUGUGCGGACGCCACCCUGAUGCCAGGGCCCAAGAGGCCGUACAAUUUCUUUGGUAUUCUCAAUCAGACUCAGAUGGACAAACUGGACACAUUCAGAGCGGAGAGUCUAAAAAGCAACCAGUCCAUCUGGUUCGGACACUACACCACGUCCACCAUCGUUUCCCCGUCACCGGGCGUGCGGGAGAUGAUGAGGUCAGCCAUCGCCUAUCUGUGCGGUCACCUGCACACGCUGGGCGGCCUGAUGCCCAUCCUCCACAGUCGACAUCCCAGCGGCGCCUUGGAGCUGGAGCUUGGAGACUGGAUGGACAACCGCAAGUACAGGAUCCUGGCUUUUGACCACGACCUGCUGAGUUUCUCAGACCUGAGAUUUGAACAGUGGCCCGUGGUGCUCAUCACUAACCCCAAGGACCGGCAGUACUUGCAUCCAGGACUGGAACCUGUGGGCCGCAUACGGAGGUCCACACACAUCAGGAUUUUGGCUUUCUCAGAGGCGGCCAUCUUGACGGUGCAGGUUAGCGUGGACGGCGAGCCUUUAGGGACAGCACAGCCUGCUGGAGGCCCCCUCUACGUGCUGCCAUGGCAACCGUCGCGCUACCUCACCGGGCUGCACACCAUCCGAGUUCAGGUGGAGGACUCACGGGGGCGGUCCAGCGUGCAGGAGCAGCACUUCUCCCUGGGCGACGACGACGUGACGCCCAGCUUUGGCUUCGUCCAGUCCUUCAUCCUGCUGACGGACCACUACGUGGUGGGCCGGGUGGCCUUCGUGUUCACAAUGCUGCUUAACGUGGGCGUGCUGCUGUGCUUCAGGUUCAUGCGCACCUUGUCUGGCCGAGGACUGUCCUCUGCUGUGUGCACCUCACUACGGCUGGUCAGUAAAGUGGACAGCUUCUUCUACUCCCUGCUGCUCUUCAACCUGUGCACGGCCUUAGGGCCGUGGUUCAUCGGCGAGCUGAUCGACGGCCACAGCGGCGCCUGCUUCGCCUUCGGGAUGUUCAUCGACGGUCACUUCCUGGAGGGAAGCCUCACCUACGUCGUGGGAGUCGUUCAGCUGCUCUUCUUCAACAUGCCGCUCACCUUCUACCUGUGCUGGACCCUCCACCACCGUUGCCGCGGCAACACCUUCUGCUCCAUGCUGCUGCGGCCGGGCUGCCGCUGGCGGAGCGCAGGUGUGCACCUGCUCAUGCUGCUGCUGCUCACCUGGCAGGCCCACUCCUGCUACUUCCUGCUGGAGACCUACGGCCCUGUGGCCUUCUUCCUGUCGCCGGUGCGCAUGUGGGCGCUCGGAAUGGGCGUGCUGCUGGUCUACCGCGCCUGGACAUGCCCCGCCCCUUUCCUGGGCAGCAAGAGCAUGCCGCUGUCUUGACAUGUUGCCUUGGCCCGCCGCCGCCACCACCGCCGCCGCCACCACCUCGCCCGCCACUGCCAAAGGACGCGUGCAAGAAGCCCUGCUAGUGACAGCUGGACGUGCCAACAAUCAAUAAGAAGCUGGUUUACACUCUUCUCUCGCCUAACAAUCACGCAUCAUAUCCUCCCUCUCACGUGACCACGGCCAGACAGGAUUCUCAGGAAGUCUCUGUAGGACAUCUUUUAUACUCCACAGUAGCUCCACUAAGAAAGCAGGAAUAUAAAGUAGAACGUGCGGUGGCUUGCAGAAAACAACAAAAGGUGAAUGUGUUUUAGCUGUGAAAUGAACCUCGAUGCUGUUGUUUUUUUUUAAUUUAUGAUGAUCAUUUAGUGUGAUUCCACUCUUUAUGCACUGGGGGGGGGGGGGGGUAAAGUAUUCUAACAUUGUGCAAAGUACUUCUAGUGGCCAAACUGUCUUUUCAUACAAUCAUGUCUUUUUCAUCCCAAACAUAGCUUUUAAGAAGGAAAUAUGUGUGAAGUUGCACCUCCAUCAAGGACACUAUUACAAAUAACAAAACAUGUACGUUUGUUACAUUUUCUGACUUUUGUCAAAAUCUCCCAAAACAUAGCCAACUUGUUUGUGCUACAAUUUUUUACUCUAUUAGGUUUUUUUUAUGUUAUUAACUAGAGAUGUCCGAUAAUAUCGGCCGGCCGAUAAAUGCUUUAAAAUGUAAUAUCGGAAAUUAUCGGUAUUGGUUUUUUUAUUAUCGGUAUCGGGUUUUUUUUUUUUAAAUUUUUUUUUUUUUUUUAAUUAAAUCAACAUAAAAAACACAAGAUACACUUACAAUUAAUGCACCAACCCAAAAAACCUCCCUCCCCCAUUUACACUCAUUCACACAAAAGGGUUGUUUCUUUCUGUUAUUAAUAUUCUGGUUCCUACAUUAUAUAUCAAUAUAUAUCAAUACAGUCUGCAAGGGAUACAGUCCGUAAGCACACAUGAUUGUGCGUGCUGCUGCUCCACUAAUAGUACUAACCUUUAACAGUUAAUUUGACUCAUUUUCAUUCAUUACUAGUUUCUAUGUAACUGUUUUUAUAUUGUUUUACUUUCUUUUUUAUUCAAGAAAAUGUUUUUAAUUUAUUUAUUUUAUUUUAUUAAUAAAAAAAAAAAAAAGGACCUUAUCUUCACCAUACCUGGUUGUCCAAAUUAGGCAUAACAAUGUGUUAAUUCCACAACUGUAUAUAUCAGUAUCUGUAUCGGUUGAUAUCGGUAUCGGUAAUUAAAGAGUUGGACAAUAUCGGAAUAUCGGAUAUCGGCAAAAAGCCAUUAUCGGACAUCCCUAUUAUUAACAUGUUAUUAUUCAUAACCAGCCCAGACACCCGGUCAACAUUCCCCCAAACUUGUCUAAACGUUUGUGCUACGAUUUCGGAUUUGUCUAACUAUUAUCGUUUGUAUGUAAUACUAACAGGUUACUUCAGGGGGCGGCAACCCAAAAUGUUGAAAGAACCAUAUUGGACCACAAAUACAAAAAAGUAAUCUGUAUGGAGCUGCAAAAAAUAAAAAAUACUUAUAUAAGUGUUAUAAUGAUGGCAACACAUGAUGUAAGGAGCUAAUUAGCUAUAUUAGCCUACCGUAUUUUUUGGAGUAUAAGUCGCUCUGGAGUAUAAGUCGCACCCCCGGCCAAACUAUGAAAAAAACUGUGACUUAUAGUCCGAAAAAUACAGUACGUCUUUAUCAUCCCAAACAUAGCUUUUAAGAAAAAAAAAAAUUUAUUUAUUUUUUUUUAUUUAAAAAUUUUUUUUUUUUUUUUUUUUUUAGAAAACAACAACAUGAAAGAGUCUCACAUGUCAAGGCAACUAUUAAAAAUAACAAAACAUUUAUGUUUGUUAUGUUAAGUUGUUCUAAAAUACAUUUUCUGACUAUUGUCCAAAUCUCCCCAAACAUAGCCCACUUGUUUAAAUGUUAUUAACGUGUUACUAUUCAUAACCAGCCCACACACCCGGUCAACAUUCCCCCAAACUUGUCCAAACAUUUGUGCUACAAUUUUAGAUUUUUCUAACUCCGGGGCCGGCAACCCAAAACGUUGAAAGAGCCAUAUUGGACCAAAAAUACCAAAAAGUAAUCUGUAUGGAGCUGCAAAAUAAUAAAAAGACUUAUAGAAGUGUUAUAAUGAUGGCAACACAUGAUGUAAGUAGCUAGAUUAGCCUACUAUCAAAAUGACUGUGUCGCAUUUCAUUUGUUUCUGUGUUGAUGUUGAAAUAUAAUAUUUAUUCUACACAUUUUUACAACAUUGGAAAACAUUAGUAAAACUUCCCAGAGGGUGAGAUAACUCCUGGAAAUGACCAAAGGUAAAGAUGUGUGUGUCCAAGUUAAAGGAAGCAGCAGGCUGUCUUCUUUUAGUACAUUUAUUACAAUCUUUGGCAAGCUAGGUAAUGUUUGCUGUGGUCUGGAACAACUAUCGGACAUGCAGCCAAUAUUACAUACAGAUAAUUUGUCAUUAAAAGUAAACUAAAUACACAGAGGACAUAAGUAAAGGGAAUCAAAUAUAGCCACAAACGAGGCACAAUGACGCAAUAUGUACAUACAGCUAGCCUAAAUAGCAUGUUAGCAUUGAUUAGCUUGCAGUCAUGCACUGACCAAACAGGCCUGAUUAGCACUCCAACAAGUCAACGACAUCAACAAAAGCUCACCUUUGUGCAUUCAUGCACAGCAUAAAACGUUUGGUGAACAAAACGAGACAAAGGAGUGGAAGAUUGUACAUGUAAACAAACUGUUGCGUCACAGUCCACUCUACGGUGAGUUCAAGAACCGCCGAAAUGAGUAGGACAAAAGGAUGUCGACCAACAAUUAAACUGUGGUAGUUCUAACAAUUGGGAAGGUUUGUGUCAUGUUUGUCCUCAAACAUACAAAAAGAAACAAAUUAUUUCCCCCUUUUUUCCAUUUUCAACCCUUUUUAAAAAAUGCUCCAGGGAGCCACUAGGGCGGCACUAAAGAGUCGCAUGAAAAAAAAAAAAAAGGGUGUUCAGCAUGGUUAGAAAAAUAGUGACAGAGAAUAGAAAGAGGAUGGACAAUUCAACCCUUAACAAAGUAUUGUACUUUCAAGUACAACAAUGAGUAGGUGUGUGUGUGUGUGUGUGUGUGUGUGUGUGUGUGUGUGUGUGUGUGUGUGUGUGUGUGUGUGUGUGUGUGUGUGAAUAAAUGAACACUAAAAUUCAAGUAUUU